UCCCCCCGCUCGCCCAGCUCCUGUUUCACUCAAAGAUGGCGUCAGCUCCAGAGCCCCUAGUCUCUGGCUGCAUUUUCGGGCUUGUUGUUGUCUCCGUUUCGGGAGGUUUCUGGCGCGCUCUGUCCGGCCGAUCGACGCCGAGUCCCGGCUGCUCUUGCUGCUGAAGCGUGGUCGGCAUGAAGGUGAUCAGCUUCUGCUGGUCCCUGGAGUGAGAGUUCUGUCCUGCAUUGGCUGAAAGAGAAGGUGUGUGACGCAGCGAGGAGGGAGACAGCAGCCACUGGAGCCACGCUACACAGUUCAUGCCAUCAUCCUUUUCCCUAACGACCUUCUCUUGCUCGCUCCCUUCCAUCACAUGGUCCAUGUUUUUGCCAAAACGCCUCAGAAUUCUUCAGCUUGUGGAAGAAGAGUCAAUUCCUGAUUGUGGAUAAACUUGAAAGCAGCCAUAUCUGUGGACUGAAACGACAGGGUUUCCAUUUGUAUCGUAGGCCAUUGAUGCUUGGUGGGUCAGGAUACCAAGGCCUAGCGUGAAGAUCCUAGUGGCCUGCCAGAGGUGGGGAUCAGUGCCCCCCUCUACCUGUGUUGUGACAGCUCUUCUCCCUGCGGCCCAUUCGCCAGCUGGGAGAGGCGAGCCGGUGGACCAGGUUCCGUUUUGGGGGGGUGGGAGGGGGCCUGUGCUAUGGUGAGCUGUCCCCUGCCCUGCUGCUUGCGCUCAGGCUGUGAGGGACUCUCCAUUCGGCCCCGGAACAAAGGAUAGUCUCUGGACAGAGGAGGGAGGAGUGGCGGCGUGAGGGCGAGGGGCCGGGCGCUUCCUGGAUGGGUGUGUCGGCAGGCCGUCGUCGCAGCCAAUCGUUAACCAUGGUGAAGCUGGCCAAUCCGCUGUACACAAACUGGAUCCUGGAGGCCAUCAAGAAAGUGAAAAAGCAGAAACAGCGGCCCUCAGAAGAGCGCAUCUGCAAUGCUGUGUCCAUGUCUCAUGGCUUGGAUCGUAAGACGGUCUUGGAACAGUUGGAGCUGAGCGUCAAGGAUGGCUCCAUCCUUAAGGUCUCUAACAAGGGGCUCAACUCCUACAAAGACCCCGAGAACCCUGGUCGCCUGGCCUUUCCGAAGCCACGUGGGGGCUCAGGAGGCAGUGGGGGUGGGGGCUCGGCUGGCCCGGGCCGGCGCCCCGGCUUGGACUGGAAUAAGCUGAUCAAACGGGCCUUGGAGGGGCUCCAUGAGCCGGGUGGCUCUUCCCUGAAGAGCAUGGAGCGUUUCCUGAAGUGCCAGGGAGAUGUGGCGGCCCACCUGUCAGCCAGCGGCUCUGCAGGGCCUGCCUUGUUUCACCAGCAGCUGCGUGUGGCUGUGAAGCGUGCUGUGGCCCAUGGCCGCUUGCUGAAGCGGGGCCCACUGUACCAGCUGAGCGGCCGGGGCCCGCAGGCCGAGGGGCCCCUCUGCCUGUCGCUGGACUCCCUUCCACCAGUGCGCCUACUUCCCCAUGAAAAGGACAAGCCGGUGGCAGAGCCUAUUCCCAUCUGUAGUUUUUGUCUGGGUACGAAGGAGCAGAACCGGGACAAGAAGCCAGAGGAGCUCAUCUCUUGCGCUGACUGUGGGAACAGCGGUCAUCCUUCAUGUCUGAAGUUCUCUCCAGAGCUCACCGUUCGAGUGAAGGCGCUGUGGUGGCAGUGUAUCGAGUGCAAGACCUGCAGCUCUUGUCAGGACCAGGGAAAGAAUGCGGAGAAUAUGCUGUUCUGCGACUCGUGUGACCGUGGCUUCCACAUGGAGUGCUGUGACCCUCCGCUGAUCAGGAUGCCAAAAGGUAUGUGGAUUUGUCAGAUUUGCCGGCCAAGGAAAAAGGGAAGGAAACUCUUACAUGAAAAAGCAGCACAAAUCAAACGGCGAUACAAUGCACCUCUGGGGCGGCCCAAGAACAGAUCGAAGCGCCCCUUCAAGAAACUGCGUGGGCCAGGUGGACGAGGCCGGCGGCGACGAGGUGUGGGAGGGGCAGAUCGCCGCUCGCAGGGCUCCUUGUCCCCAGCCUCCUCAUCGGGCUCAUCCUGCGAGGGCUACCCCGGGGACAACCGGAUGCUCUUUUCCCUGCAAAGCGAUGACUCCACAGAGGGGGGGCUGCGCUUCAAUAAGAAGACCAAGGGCUUGAUUGAUGCCCUCACCAAGUUUUUCACGCCCUCCCCGGAUGGCCGCAAGGCUCGGACUGAGGUGGUGGACUACUCACAACAGCACCGGAUUCGCAAGAAGGCAAACCGCAAGGGGGAGGUGGAGGACAGAACUGGAGACAAUCAAGAGUGUGGGAAGGAGUGGCACGAUGAUGACGAUAGGCUUCCAGGCCAUGAGAACCUGACUGAGAAGGAUGUGGAACUUUUUAGACACAUUCAGGAACUAGCACUACAAAAAGUGGGGGUGACGGGGCCUCCGGACCCCCAGAUGCGUUACCCAUCUGUCAUCGAGUUUGGGAAGUAUGAGAUCCAGACGUGGUACUCGUCUCCAUACCCGCAGGAGUACAGCAGGUUGCCCAAACUGUACCUAUGUGAGUUCUGCCUUCGCUACAUGAAGAGUCGCAGCAUCCUUUUCCAGCACAUGCGCAAGUGCACCUGGUUUCACCCACCAGCCAAUGAGAUCUACCGCAAGGACAGUGUGUCUGUGUUUGAGGUGGAUGGGAAUGUCAGCACUAUCUACUGUCAGAACCUGUGUUUGCUGGCCAAGCUCUUUCUGGACCACAAGACGCUGUACUAUGACGUGGAGCCUUUCCUCUUCUAUGUGUUGACACAAAAUGACAGCAAGGGCUGCCACCUGGUGGGCUACUUCUCCAAGGAAAAACACUGUCAGCAGAAAUACAAUGUGUCCUGCAUCAUGAUUCUCCCCCAGUACCAGCGUAAAGGCUAUGGACGCUUCCUCAUUGACUUCAGCUAUCUGCUGUCCAAGAGGGAGGGCCAGCCCGGGUCCCCGGAGAAACCGCUGUCGGACCUGGGCCGCCUCUCUUACAUGGCGUACUGGCGAAGUGUGGUGCUGGAGUGUUUGCACGACCUGCGUGACCGGCAGGUCACCAUCCGGCGCCUCAGCAAGGUUACGGGCAUCUGCCCCCAGGACAUCACCAGCACGCUGCACCACCUCAACAUGCUGGAGCAUCGCGGGGGCAGGCUGGUCCUAGUGCGCAGGGACAAACUGGUCUCUGUCCACAUGACCCGGCUUCGCGCUAAUCCACGGCAGCUGGAGGUGGACCCAGACUGUCUCCGUUGGACCCCAGUGAUCGUCACAAACACAGUAGUAUCGGGGGACGAGGAAGAGGAAGAAGAGGAUGAAGACGAGGGUGACGCGGAAGAGGAUGCCUGCAAAGAGACCAAGCCCAGCCAGUCAGCUUCUCCACUGUCGUGGACCACUGCACGCGGGGAGCAGGAGGACGGUGACGAGAAGCGCCAGCCGGAGUUUACUGCUGGCCACCCCUCUCCAGCACCCUCCCCCGUGCGGGUCUCCCCAGUGGCUCCUGAAGGCGCACCUCUUCCUGCCAAUGGGGAGCGGCGUGGACGGGGCCGGCCGCCAAAAACCUGGCUGUGGGGCCGGGUGAAGGAUGGCCAGCGGGGGCGCCCCAGAAAGAUACGGGUGGCCGAGGAGGGUCGCGAGGAUGAGAUGGCUGAUGCUGUAGAGGCUCGCAUCCCCUCCCUCUCUCCCAUCAUGCCCAUGUCAGAGAAGGAGUCGGAAGAUGGCCCUGGCCGGCCCAAGGAGAUUCCCAGGCCAGCCACUGCACCUGCCCCUCGCAGCAGGGGACGACCACCUCGCAAGAAAAGGGGGCCGAAGCGUCGACUUAGUGAAGGUCCUGGAGAACCCCCUCCUCAGCUGCCGCUGGCUCCCCGGCUCAGUGAGCCCCCAUCCAGCAGUGAGGAGGAUGAAGAUGAGCAGCACAGAGCCUGCUCCCCACCCAUCCUAACGAAACCCACACUGGGGCUUCGGUGUAAGAAGCCUGGCCGCAAGUGGCGUGCACACCAGCGUGUCCAACCCCACAGCAGCGUGGUGACUGAGACCAUCUCGGAGACCACGGAGGUGCUAGAUGAGUCCUUCGUGGAUUCGGAUGCCGAGAGGCCUAUGCCCAGGCUUGAGGAGGAGAGCCCACUUCGGCGCUAUCCACCAGCCCGCACGGCGCUGAGGCACAUGGCCCCCCCAGCAAAGAGAGGGCGCCGUGCGCCCCUCACAGAGUCCGAUGAAGAAGAUGGCACCCCUGUGCUGAAGCCCAUGACCACCCUGCACAAGCCUGAGCCUAUGCCUGGUGCUGAGGGGAGUGGGGCCACUGAGGAGGGGGUGGAGCCUGCACCCCUGAAGAAGAAGAAGGGCUGGCCCAAAGGCAAGAGCCGCAAACCGCUGCACUGGAAGAAGCGUCCCAGGAGGAAGCCAGGUGGUGGCGCCAACCAGGACACUGGAGAGGCAGCAGGAGAGGACCCCAUGGCCCCAGCCCCUGAGGAGCCACAACCCCCCAGAUUUAAGAUGAAACCGAGCCGUAAACCAAGAAACUGCUACAUGCAGCGGGCCCAGGAGGAAGUGGCCAGACAGGAGCUGGAGAGGAAGCAACUGGAUGAGGAGGUGGUGGGCAGGAGGUCCAGGGUUGCUGACCGUGAGAGCCACAAGUGCAAAGACUCUGAGGAGGAUGAGGAAGAGGAUGAUGACGAUGAGGACUACAUGGACAAACGUAGAGACGAGAAGCCUAAGCGCAGGGGACGGCCUCCAAAGAAUGUAUCCCUGCCGCCUCCCAUCAGCAAGCCUCCUGUUUCGGAGCAGGAGGAAGAGGAUGAGGAGGAAGAGGAUGAGGACGAGGAGGAGGAAUUGUCUUGGUUACCAGAGAAGCAAAGCCGUCCAGUGCCUCGGGCCCUCUCUGCAGGUCCCCGGGCUCCUCAGCCCCGGCUGGAGGUCUCUGAAGGGACGGAGGAACGGGAAGAGAGCGUGUGUACUGGCAAGAGCCUGGCCGUGAUCACAGGCACAGGGGGACAGCGCAUCGAGGAGCAUGAUGCUGACGACGAGGGUGACGGGCACCCUAGGGACAAGGCUGAUGCCAGCAGCAAGAAGAGAGAGCCUCAGAACUCGGAGGAUGAGGAAGAUGACGAUGACGACGAUGAUGACGAUGAAGAGGAGGAUGAAGAGCCAGUCUCACGAACACACUCGCCUCCUGUGAAGGAGGAGCCGCCGGGGGGUGAGGGUUUUUUAGACACCGGGGGCAGUGUGGCAAGGCCCUAUGUUAACAAGGAAGAGGAGGAGGAGGAGGCUGGAGAAGAAGCACGGGAGGGGAAGACUCAGGUGGAUGCUCAGGAUGAGCGGCGGCGGCGGGAGCAAGACGAGUCUGCGGCCGCAGCGGCAGUGGUAGAGACAGUGGCUAUGUCUGUGCCCCAGGAGCCCCUGGAUCUGCAGCCCCUGCAGGCUGAGGACAAGGCGGUGCUCCUGAUCGAGCCUGAGCACCACCCGUCACACCCCCACACGCACACCGACUUCAAGGAGGAGCUGGGUCACCAUGCGCACCACCACAGCAGCGAGUUGGACCUGGAGACUGUUCAGGCCGUGCAGUCGCUUACGCAGGGCGAGGCCCAGGACGAGGAGGCUGAACCGCAUGGGGCCUACCAGGACUGUGAGGAGACACUGGCUGCCUGCCGCACGCUGCAGAGCUACAGCCAUGGUGAGGCUGAGGACGAGGCGCUGGCGCUGGUCGAAUGCGGGCCGUCACAACAUAGCAGCCCACUCCCCGGCGCCCCCCUGCCUUCUCUGCCCGGUCAGUCAGUGCGCUCCGUCAGCAGUCCGGGCCUGACGCCGGGGCCACUGGAGUCUGGGCCAGCUGGCGGGGGUGGCCCUGGAGGUGGGGCUGGGGGCACCGGUGGGUAUAACCAGAUCACGCCGGAACACCCCGGCUCUUUGUCGGCCCCCUCGUUGCAGAACAUGGAGACAUCUCCUAUGAUGGAUGUGCCGUCGGUGUCAGACCACUCACAGCAGGUGGUGGACAGCGGCUUCAGCGACCUGGGCAGCAUCGAGAGCACAACUGAAAACUACGACAAUCCCAGCAGCUACGACUCUACCAUGGGUGGAGGUAGUGGCAGCGCCGGGGGCAACGGGAGCAGCAUGGCCGCUGCCGUGGCUGCCGGGGCAGCGUCAACUGCCGCCUCCACAUCCUCAGGCUCAGUGACUCCGUCCUCGUCCUCUUCCCAGGCUGGUGGCUGCCCCUUUGUCUCUGCGGCUAGCUUGACGUCUUCCAGUGCUGCGGUCGGAGCUCCCCUUGGUCUGGGCAGCUGCAGCCUGAUCCAGCAGGCGGGGCCGGGGGCAGCUGGGGGUGGGGCCGGAGGAGUCCCUCAGCCUCCUCCGCCACCCCCCCCUCCAUCGAACACCCCCGGCUGCAGCAUCAAAUCUCCUCAGAGCUGCGUGAUUGAGAGGCCCCCCAGUGCCAGCCAACAGCCCCAGAAGAAGGUUCCGGUUCCCCAGCAGGCGCAGGCCCCCACUCCACAGCCACCGCCAGCAGCCCCCCUCCCCCCACCACAGCAGCAGCAGGCCCUAUCUCAAUGCAGCAUGGGUAACGGGUUUGCCUCCACCCCCAUGAUCAUGGAGAUCCCCGAGUCAGCAGGGGGGGCAGCCAGCGGCCGCAGUCUUUACGAACGGAUGGGCCAGGACUUUGGGGCAGGUGGCUACCCCCAGCCUACGGCCACGUUCAGCCUGGCCAAGCUGCAGCAGCUUACCAACACCAUUAUGGACCCUCACGCCAUGUCGUACUCGCACUCGGCCGCUGUGACGUCGUACGCCCCCAGUGUGUCACUCUCCAACCCCGGGCUGCCACAGUUGGCACCCUCCCCACACCCGCCUCUGCCCCAGGCACAAGCCACCAUGACACCCCCUCCCAACCUCAGCAGUGGCUCCAUGAACCUGAGUUCCUCCCUGCUGCAGUGUAACAUGCCGACAGCCAACAUCAGCCUGGGGCCUCCCCAUGCGCAGCGUCUGCAGGGCCAGAUGGCGACGGUGAAGGGCCACAUCUCCAUCCGCUCCAAGGCGACCCAGCUGCCUGCCGGCUCCCCACACCAGCAGCAACUGUACGGCCGCAGCUCGGGACCUGUGACCAUGCAGGGGUCCCCACGAGCCCUGGCUGUGCAACGCAGCAUGAUGCCCAACCUCAUGGCCACACCCACUGCGUACAACUCCAUGAACAUGAACCCGCUGAACGCCAUGCCGGCAAGCUACCGCAUGCCACAGCCUAUGAUGAACAGUGGCUACCAUGGCAACCCGCCAUACAUGAACCAGCCGGCCCAGUACCCCAUGCAGAUGCAGAUGGGUGUGAUGGGGGGGCAGGCCUAUCCGCAGCAGCCUAUGCAGCCCAAUCACCACGGCAACAUGAUGUACACGGGCCCCUCGCAUCACAGCUACAUGAAUGCCGGCGUCCCCAAACAGUCGCCUUACAUGAGUAGAUGAGCGACAGUCGUCGGACUCAGCGCCUUUUUUCCAUGUCCGUGUAAAUUUGCCCCCAUCCCCUCACCAUGGCGAGAGUGAGGCCGAAAGGGACGAUGCCUGCUCCUGUUCCAUGUCCUUAUCUCCACGGAUCAUUUUCUUGACCAGGGCAUGUACUUUGAGCUGCCGUGGAACUGGACCUCUGUGUGAGCUCUGGCCCAUCGGGAUUAGACCCAGGGCUGCCCUCCCCGCCCACAUUCCAGCACUCUGAGGAGCGGGCGAGGCAAGCGUUGGAUCGGUCUGAAAAACUGAGAAAGGAAAACACAUGGUUAAAGUUAAAUGUAACCAUGCACACAAUCUUUUAAUUGACAUAGGAAGCCUUACCUAAAAAAAGACAACAUUGUAGAAGGGACUAUCUUUUUAUAUUUUUAAAUUUCUGUUUUGUUUUGACGGUUGAAAUGCUUGUGUGCAGUCCAACAUCCUUUUAAUGUUUUGGUUUCUGUGUCUUUGUGUGUCCUGGAGAAAUGGUUCCCAGCAGUCUCUGUCCUGUGCUCAUGCGCCCUGCCGUGAGGUAGUGCCGAGGGGUGGUGUGAGGGUCUGCGUGUGUGUCAGUGGAGGUGUGCCGUAAAACACCGAGUACGGUUUGGUCUGAGUCCUUGUCUUCCUCGUACAGUGGGAGAGGAUGCGUUGCGGGACAUGCAGCUCCACACUGCCAGGUUACAGUGAGGUCCCCCAAAACCGCAUGGCAGACAAGAACCAAUUUUAGUCGGCCCUCAUGCAUCUCGCUGUGGGUGCGGACGCUCCCGAUGUCUGUGCCUUUAUGACAGCAGGUGUUUGAAGCAUGCGGGGAUGUGAAUGAGGGAGCUCCGUGUCUGACAUCAGCCCAGCAAAUGCUCCGAUCCCUAAACGGACUCGGAUCAGCUUCCCGGACAUGCCACAGGACAGCAGCUGUGGAGGAGGCUGCUCAGCGUGAAUAACCACCAUCCGGAUGCAGGCCACCUCGUCUCCUAAUUAACAGCCCACACACAGAAGAUAGGCAGGCAGGUAGGCAGGGGCUCUGAGGGUACAGGCCUCCCUGCGUGAUUGCUGCAUCCGGCCCAGGGCAUAGCGCUGUUCCCCGUGUUCAUUGUUCAGUAUUCGCAUUCUGAGGAGGAUCUUUUUCUUACAGACAUGACCUCUCAUAUAUUAUUUGUGUGUUUUAAUUUUGUUCUGUUUUCUCUGAAUUUUAUCAGACUGGGCAGCUUUCUUUUAGUACACAAGCUGACUCUUUUUGACUUUAGAAACCUAUUGUAGAGAAAACGUUUUUUCUAUAAUAUAAAAAACUCUGACAUUGAUAUUGGUACUGUCAUUUUUUCACUUCGGUUUCAGGAAGAAAACUAAAGGUAUUUUUUAGCUUGACUUGGGUAAUAUUAUUAAGAAAUUCAAAACUAAAAAAAUUACAACUCACUUUUAGUGAAUUUAAGAUGCCUUUAACCUUCCCAUUCCAUCCCAUCUCUAGAGUUUUCUAUCUUUGUGUAGUAUAUUAAUGAUAUUUUAAAAAACAAAAGGAAAAAACAACUAUCUAAAGGUCACUUAGCGUUCUUUUCUUUUGUUUUGGUUCCUUUGUGUGUGUAUAGGACGACUUCCCUGCGUCUAAGAGGCAUGUAAAAAUGAGCUCAGUAUAUUUCUGUCUGUUUAUAUCGCUUCCCUUUUGUAUCCUUUGUAAUUGUACAUGGUGAGUUGUAAGCUAAGAGAGAGAGGCGGAGAGCUCCUUCGCGCCUCUGCUUCGUCCCUGUAUGUAUUUCAACUUAUACGUUUUUUCUUUCUUAGCAAGUACUUUCAAAGAACUCUGUACAUUUUAACAUAAAACAAAAUAAAUUAUGUUGAGCCAU